CUCAUGGAUUCCUCCCGGGGCUGGCUCCGCCCUUCCCGCCCUUUCCCAGCCCCUCCACAUGGGCGCCUUCGCAAGCCUCCCGUUGCUGAGGGGGUGGAGUUGCUUGUUGAGGCAGUUCUGCCGAGCCUUCCUUUCCCUUAACUCUGUCCGGCAUCUGGAGAGAGCGGACCUGUACGCAGACCGCCCAUGGGGCAUGGAGGAGGAGGAGGAAGAGCAGCGCGUCUGCACGAGCUAUCCUGCCAUCCCGAGCAUCAGCAUUGCGGUGGAUGAGACGAACGUCCUGCCGGGGGCUCUGCGGCUGAUCCGCAAGCUGAGACCACAAUGGGAGACGGCGCGAGUUAAAACCAAGCUCUUCACCGAUGGCAUCACUAACAAGCUCAUGGCUUGUUACACAGAUGAGAACAUGAGGGAUGCAGUCCUGGUACGGGUUUAUGGCAGGAAGACGGAACUUAUUGUGGACCGAGCUAGUGAGCUGAGGAAUUUCCAAGUUCUUCAAGAUCAUGGUUGUGCCCCCAGUCUCUACUGUACAUUUGAAAAUGGCUAUUGCUAUGAAUUUGUGCAGGGGAAGGCUCUUGGACCUGAACAUGUGCAUCAGCCACAGAUAUUCAGGCUGGUAGCCCAGGAAAUGGCUCAGAUGCACAGGAUUCACUCCAAUGGGAGACUCCCCAAACCUUGCCUGUGGCACCGACUGUACAAAUACUUUAACAUUGUGAAAACAGAGUUUUCCAAAAAGACACUGAAUUCCAGCAUCCAUCGAGAAGUGCCUAUGCCCAGUCUAAAAGUGCUAGAAGAAGAGAUUUGCUGGAUGAAGGCACAUCUCUCCCAACUUGGAUCUCCAAUAGUGUUCUGCCAUAAUGAUCUGUUGAGCAAGAACAUCAUCUACAAUGAAGAAGAAGGUCAUGUCCACUUCAUAGAUUAUGAAUAUACUGGUUACAACUAUCAAGCGUAUGAUAUUGGGAAUCAUUUUAAUGAAUUUGCAGGGCUAAAUGAAGUGGACUACAGCCUGUAUCCUUGCAAGGAGAUGCAGCUGCAGUGGUUGAGGCAUUACCUAAAGGCCUACAAGAAAAUGAAUCAAGUGGAGCCAGGAGGUAGAGGAAAAAACAGAGGAGGAAAUGGAGCUGUGUCUGAAGAAGAACUGGAGACCCUCUAUGUGCAAGUGAACCAGUUUGCCUUAGCAUCCCAUUUCCUGUGGGCUUGCUGGGGCCUGAUUCAAGCCCAGUUCUCUACUAUAGACUUCAAUUUUGCCAGGUAUGCAGACAUAAGAUUUAAACAGUACUUUAAAACGAAACCUGUAGUGACAGCCCUCAAAAUGCCAAAGUGAAGUCGAAAGAGUCUUCUGGUUCACAAGAUUCCAUACUUAUUUUCUCCAGUUUAGAGCACCUGCUACCCCGUCCGCAGAGAUCAGUCUCUUUUGCAAUUGCUUCAAGGUUGAGAGGUCAGACAUCAUGAAAUUGGGAUGUAAAAGGAAAUACAGCUGCAAAGUCAAAUAUUAAACCAAGCCCCUGGACCAAGGCUGUGCCACCUACGGAUUACCUGCCAAAUUUACUUUCAGAAGGUGAUGUUAGGACAUGGCUUUGGCAAGAGAUUUUAUUCAUGGAUUCUGGAGUAUUAAGGAAUGUUUCAAAUGCUUCCAGGCUAUAAGAGUAGGACUGAGGGCUUUAUUGUAGCCUUAAAACUUAGAGCUGGAUGGAAUCUUUGUCCUGUGGUUGAAGGAAAAACUGACAGGCAUAGGUUUUAAGCACAUAUAGGAUUCUUCUUCAGUGCACUUGGGCUAUCCAAAAGACUGCUAGCCUCUCUGCAUACAUAGAAGCUGCUUGAAUUCUCCUCAGAGCCGCACCCUCCGCAUAUAGGAAGGAUGUUUUCUUUGCUCCCUUCUGGCUUAAAAAUACCCCUAUCCAAAUCAAUUUUGGACCAGAACAGACCCAAAGAUGGUAUCUUUAUAGGUAUAAAGGAUAAAUCUUAGAUAAAUAUUUGGAGUUUUAAGGUAGUGAAACAACCCCCUAAACGAUUAACUUGUAAGAGGAUUGCCUGUGCUAAUUCAGCAUCCACUGUACAUGCUUGAGAAUCUGAGUAGGCACAGUAUACAACUAGUACUGCUGUGAAAAGGAUAACUGUUUUGCUUGAAACCUAAUAGGAAAAAAAAUGCUUGGAGACUGUUCAGCUGCCAUGGUUGCCGUGUGAAGGACAAGUUGGCUUAGGUCUUGCAUAGCUUAAUGAGCCUAGAUUUCUAGCUGGUUUGCAGUAUUCCGUUUUGUCAGUUUGUGUCAGUGUGCUACUUCAGGACUUCGAGAUGUACAGCUAGGCAUUCCUCUGAGGAAUUUUUCUAAAGGAUGAUAAACAAAAUGCUUAUUAAUGAGGUAGAGGAAGAAAACAGUGCCAGCAAAAGUUAGAGCCAGUUUUGUGAUCCAGGAUUGCACUGGUGGAUAAACAGAAGUGUGUGCCCAGUGUAACUGCAGUGCAGACAGACUUGGAGAAUCACGUGAUUUUCCCUGUCUAGUGAUGAUCCCAUGAUUCUUUUAUGAUUGCUAGAUUCUGAGGAACUGGAGACAACUUGAAGCAUUCCUUUUAAACUGUGAACAACUCACGUGGUGCCUUGUCUCACAAGGAAGCCAUUUGGGUUUCUUAAGAAUGAGGACCAAGUCUACAAACACACACACGCCUCCAGCAGGUUCUCCAAUCAAAAUGAGAAGAGGACUUGGUUCCUCACCAGCUCCGGCCAGCUCUACACCAUCUCUGCCUUCCUCAAGGGUGGAGGAAAAUAAAUGUGAGGGGUGUGCUGGGAAUAGGGGCAGGGUCUUUUUGUCUUGGAGAGUGCCCUGUGCUUGGGUCAGUAAAAACAAAUCUGUGCUGUCAGAAUCUACUAAAUGUAAUUUUUACUACCUGUGUAUAUUUUUCAUGGAAUUUUAUUUUUUCUUCGUCAUUGUGUUGUGAAUGGAAUCAAGAGUACCCCAUGUCAUAUGGUCUCCAUGUUUGGUUAGGGGGUUUCAUAUCCCCAGUGAUGAGAUUUUCACUGAAUAUGUAUUUUGAAGCAAAGAUAGAAACAGCCGUCAGUAGUCUUUUAAUUGCUGUGCUAUUAUAAUUAACUUCCUUACUUUCAGGCUUUAGCUUUCAGGAUCCAAUUCCCUGUGGCUUUUCUACGCUGGGGUACUGAUGGAGAACAGCUGUCAGGAUAGGUCAUUAAGUCCUUGCUAGAAAUUACUGCAGCCCAAGUAGGGGGGUAGCCUCUGUUAGCCACAAAAAACCAGUAGGGUGACUGCUCUAGUUCUAAGGCUCCUUAACUGUGAUGUGAGCAGUUGCUAUAGUUGAAAUGGGAAAUGGAACCUUCUCCCCAUCAGUACUUAACACAAAGCAAAUGUGGCCAAUGCAAAAAAUUCAGUUUCUGCAAUACUUAAUGUGGACUUUCUGAACUUGAAAUGCAGUCGUUGCUCCCAUUCAUGUGAUCAGUUUUCCUAUCAGCAGGAAAUGUUUUUAAUUUUUUCAAAAAUUAAAAAAUGGAAUUUGAUCUAGUAAAGCCGACCAACCAGCUAUUUGAUUUUCUAGGAGCCUUGGCAGCUUGCAUCUUAAGGUGCAGUCUCACUUGAGAAACUGGGAAUAUAACUUUCUCGCCUUCCCCUUCCUGCAGUAGCCUAGAACCAACAUUUCAAGAAAUAUUUUGGGCUGUAGCAGGAGGUGAGAAGAUUGCCACAGAAAUUUUGUUUUGUCUAAUUGAAUGAGCAUAAUGUUUUUGGGGCACAAACUGUUAGGACCUGCUCUCAUCCCUCCAGUACUGUUAUGGUACUAAAAUGAAAGUGGUCUCUAAAAAUUUGGUUGCUCAGUCUGUUCAGGCUGCUAGACCUUGCAAGUUCACAUUCAGUGUUGGGCUCUAUGAUAUAAAAAGACCCAAAGCAAAAAUAUGGUGGAAAGAUUUGUGAUCAGUUUAAAAGGUGGUAUGCAGACAGGAUCAAAAGUUCCAUAGUAGUGGUGAGCUCUUAACUGAAAUGAUCUUGUUUCUUUUAAAGGUCCUUACUCCUGAAUAUUAAAUGUAAUGUUUUAUAGUAA